GUCCAUAUGGCAUUCGUGUCACCUUGGGAUAGGAGGCCGUUCCAGAGAGGUCUGUUUUAGUAUAAAUUCGGCAUCGUUGGUCACGUUUACGAGCAGAAAUCCUCAAUCGACAGUGCAUUCGACAUCGUUCGCCGCCAGUAUGGAAGCAUCACCGUUCUCUGUCUUCUUCCUCUUCCUCAUAUUCUCCGCAUCAACUCAGGGCGAGGAGAAUGGAGCUUCUGGGAAUUCACCACCGUUGUUGGAAUUGCUUGAUGUCCCAGGACUUAGAGCCUCGGCUUCCUGCUAUUGCGGACUUUCUCAAGCGGGAAAGCGGUCUUCGGAGAAAACGACUAACUCGACUGAGUCGGACAUCGAUCGAAUCAUUGGAGGAAUACCCGUCACCAGUCAACGGAAGUACCCGUGGAUAGCAUGGAUGGGGACGAGCAGGAAUGGUUUCCAAUGCACGUCGGCACUCAUAAACGACCGUUACAUACUCACUGCUGCUCAUUGCGUGGAGUCAAACCCGUACGCGACAUAUUACGUGACCCUAGGAUCUACGACCUUAUUUAAAUGGCCGUCUGGUCAAUCUAUCCAGAUUCCAGCUACGGCCAUCAUGCAUCCCAAUUACUUGCACACCUCACAGAUUAUUCAGAACGACAUCGCGCUUCUGAAACUUCAGACUCCCGUCAACUUCGCAGCUUACCCAAACAUCCGUCCCAUUUGUCUCGCUGGUUUCUACCCCAGUCCUUAUUCGGUUGUAACGAUCGCAGGAUGGGGCCGCCCUUCGAGAGAUAGCAAUGAUAUCUCGUACGUUUUGAUGGAAACGGCGGUGUACGUAAUGAGUCUUCAGACUUGUCAGAGCGAUUGGGGUUCUUAUAUCAAUAACAACUACGUGUGCGUGAAAACAGCUGGGAGAAAUACCUGCCAAGGUGAUUCUGGGGGAUCCCUCAUGUAUAGAACUUCAAGAGGAGUUUACGCGACUGUCGGUAUAACUUCGUUCGGUCGGGACAAUUGUUCCCCUGAUGUUGGCAGUGUCUUCACGAGCACAUCAACUUACGUGAACAACUUUAUCGGUCCCAACACCCUGGAUGCUCAGUGGUGCAGUGUACCUUGAAAACGCCAUCGCUUUCUUUCAUUUUGUUCCUUUCGGUUACUUCGCAUUUUCUCAAGUUUUAAAAAUAUAUGCAUAUUAUGUUGGAACAGCACUUUUCCAGCUGCUUUUUUCUUUUUACUCGAAAUUUCGCACCCGAGGC